AUGUCCGGGUACAACCAGGUCGCAAACAGCGACACCAAGGCGGCGAGCAAGGAGGCCGACCACGAGGGCGAGGACUGGAAGACGCGCCCGCCCUACCGUAGCGCCGAGAAGAACGAGCACUUCGACAAGAAGUACACGGCUCAGUGCCACUGCGGCCGCAUCAAGUACUGGCUGAGCCGGGAGAAGCCGCUCGCCGCCAAGUUCUGCCACUGCACCGACUGCCAGGCGCUGCACGGCGCUCCCUUCCAGUGGGCCGCCAUCUUCCACAAGGAGGACCUGCACUUCGAGAACGGCGCCGAGGGCCUGGCCUUCUACAACUCGGGCACCAAGGAGACGCACUACGGCCUGCCCAUCAAGGUCAGCUGUGCCUACUGCCACGCGCCCAUCAUGGACGAGGGCCGCAACAUGGUGCUCAUGUUCCCAGCCAUCAUCAAGUUUGGCGACCCGGAGCGAAAGAAGCAGUUUGACCCGCAGUGCCACAUCUUCUACAGCCAGCGCGUGGUGGAUCUCCCGGAUGGGAAGCCCAAGUGGACGCGCCUGGACAAUGAUAGCGAGCUGAUGAAGGAUGUCGAGAAGCACGAGAUGGAGAGCGUGGUGGGCAAGCGAAAGGUCGAGCACGUGAGCCAGGAUUGA